AUGGCAACAGUGUAUGCCCAUGUCAAACGUAUCAACCAGUACGCUUACCAUAUCAACCAGUCAUGUUCACCAGGCAGGCUUGGCUCUCACCACCGAGGACACCAAGCGUGGGAAGGACGGAAACGGGAGUCCGCAAAGCACCCCAGGAGUAAGUCCGCGUGGGUCCGGCCCGCUCCGGCCACCCCUCGGGCCUCCCCGGCUCCUCCCGCCGGUGCGUGGCUCCUCGCGCGCGGACUAGAAGUUUCGAGCGGCGCGGCCCCGUGCGCUCCGCCCCGGCGCGGCCUGACAGGGGUAGGCGCGGCCACCGACCCGCGUCCCAACCGUCGCGGCGCACCCCUCACCUCGAUCGCAGCUCGCCUCGGGUCCCGCUACGCACGCCGCCUCGGCCCGGCUGCGACUCCGACCCCUUCCCGUUCCGCUCCAGCCGCGCAAGCUGCCCGGCCCUGCCCAGACCCGCCGCGGCCGCUUCUGCCGCCUGCCCAGACCGCGCCGCCCCCGCCGCGCCCGCUGUGCUCGCCCCAUUGGCUGCCGGCAUCAAGACCCCGCCCUUCAACCCCCUCGGCGCCCCGGAUUGGGCAGACCGAAGCAGAGGCAGCACGCCCCCAAGCACGCUCAAACGGACUAGUCUGGCACCCUGGAGCGUUGCGGUGCCUGACUGCGAAUUCAGAUGAGGUGGACUUUGAGAAAGUUUCCUCGGAUCUGGACAAAAAGACCCGGAUUCCAUUCCAAGCACCCAUGAGUCGGCUCAUCACGGUUCUCACUAUGCAGGCCAGGCUGGCUUCAAACUCACAGAGAUGUGCUUCCUAA